ACCAUAAGCCAUGUUUGGCUUUUAUCAAGUUGUCUCUUCCAAGAAAUGGCGUGGUUGACUAGGGACACCGUGUUGGUCUGAAUAACGAAUGUCAAGUGCGGCAUGGAUCUUAACCGAGGAGUUUGGCGACUCCUGAGAAAACCGCUCCCCUUUUCCGGUCAGUAAAUUUCCCCGACGGUGGUUUUGCGUUCUAACUUCUGUGUUUCAAAAACCUGUUGUACUUGAUUAUUCGAAUAUUCCCACGUCCCGACAUAUAAAUGUAAGGCCUAAGGCAUGGAUGCGGGCUUACUGUGAACCAUAUAUUCUUCCCUGCAACCUUGGCAUAGAGCCAUAACUGUACCGACACAGGAACUAGAAUGUGGACAUCGCGCGAAGGUUUUACCGCCGACGUCUGCGGCUGGCUGAUCCAGAAGACUCUCCUUAGUCCCUGGAAGACCCUACCACUCUUGCUCCUGGCCCAAUUCACAUCUCACGGCCGCGAGAUUGCGCAGCAGCAUCCAAAAUUGCACUAUACACUACAUGGACUAGCAUCCCUGGCAGUUAUACAUCGUCUCAACGCGUGGACCAACCACAAGGUCCUGAACAAUGGUGUCUCAGACCAGUACGAUUGGACGAGAGAGACUGUCGUCUUGACCGGGGGGAGCAACGGGAUUGGAAGACAUAUAGCACUUCUAUUGACAAAGCGGGGAAUCACCGUUGCUAUUUUGGACAUUGAGCCCCCAACGAAGGAAACAGAGGAUGGAGACAAGAUUCAUUACUAUGAAUGUGAUAUUACCUCCCCUGAUGCCAUCGCUUCGGCGGCCACAGACAUCCGCUCUUCUCUGGGUACACCUACGGUUCUCAUCAACAAUGCUGGUGUCUGCACCGGCCAGACCAUCUUAUCCGGCACGGAGGCACAAACCCGUCGCUUAUUCGAGGUCAAUACCUUCUCCCACUACCACAUUGUCCGCGAGUUUCUCCCUGCUCUUAUUACAGCCAACCAUGGUAUGGUGGUUACUGUCUCCUCGCAGUCCGGAUAUACUACUGCGCCCAACAUGGUUGACUACUCUGCUAGUAAAGCGGCCGCUGUGGCUUUCCAUGAAGGUCUUGCUGCGGAACUAAGAACCAGGUACCACGCCCCACGCGUGCGGACCGUCCUCGUGGCACAAGGUUUCACUCGGACGGGGUUGAUUCGGAACCUCACCCCGGAGGAUACAUGGUUUAAUCCGUUACUCGAGCCCGAGACCGUUGCAGAGGCCGUGGUUGACACGGUGAUCAAGGGACGGAGCGGGAGGGUCGUUGUACCCGGGACAUCGGGGUGGUUGGCAUGCAAUAUUAGAUCGCUGCCGCUCUGGAUGCAACAUUGGACGAGGAGCCGGCUGGAAAGGCUAAUGAGAGCCUUUUAAUUAUUGCGAUCUACUUUGGUAAUGAUCUAUAAUUGGUAUAUUAAGCUACCUCACUCCGAAAUGUUCGAUUCAUGCACGUAGACGUGAUAGGCCAGCCACACCAACCACCCAUUUCGAGUGGCGUC